GAUGAACAUCAGUUGACGGUAGACCCCGUCCCCCUCCCCAUCCUCUUUCGACUGGACUUGUCCGUCGCUCGAGAAGACCAUCCCGCCUGCCUUCCUCUCCUCUGAUCAAUGGCAUCUGAGGCGAGGGCCAGGGCAAAUGUGCCCCGUAGAGUAGGAAAGCAGACCACGAAUGGCAUGGACUCCUAUCAUCGUUACGUAGCAGAAUCAAGUACGCCGCCGCCGCCGCUGCCUCAAGGGGAUAUCAUCGCCCGGCCGUAUACCAGUCACUCCCGUUCCUUUAGCACGCCGCGUCCCUCAAUACUAGAACCGCCUUCGUCAAAUAACAGCAGCGACCCCGAGCAAUCGAGAGCUUUGCCAGUGCCCGAAAUCACCAUCAGCAGCCCAGGGAAACCGCCGAGGGCCAACCCACGAUACUCAUUAACUCCUCGCCAGGCAACAUUUCCUCCGAUCAAUGCUCAAAGAUUAGCGGUGCCCGGGGUGAGACCACCUCCGCCCGCGCAACAAAUACCAUUUGCUCCACGAAUACAAAGAGUUCAACCACGACCACCGGUGCCCACACCACCAACCACGGCCGAUUCCGAUGAUGCGAGGAAACGAGAUGGGUUAAUCGACGUAGCUCUUCCGUAUAGACCGUUCUAUCUCCAGAGAAGGGUACUCAGCUCUUUCGCUGUCCUCUUCGCCGGACUCAUGGUCACCGUAGAAGCCGUGCUGGAUCUAUCAAAUAAAAGAGGAGGACUUGGUUCACCAGACCAUGGGUUCAGAUAUCUGUGGCAGUACGGGUCAGCAUUCAUCUUCACCUGUAUUGCCGCGUUAUGGGCGAGACCGGAACAUCAAGCGAAAGCGAGCGCGCCGUGGCUCCGGAUGGCAAAAGGACCUGCGAGCGUGGACCGGACCCUGAUGCUCGACUAUGUCUUCAUGUUCGAGCCGUUGACCAUCGCGAAAGCAACAAAGAAUCGGGACUGGCUCGUUGCGGCUACGGCAUCUGUGGGCUUGACGCUCAAACUCAUCAUCGUCAUCGCUGUGGCACUCGUCAGUCCGACGUUCCAGAUUGUGACUGCUCGGGGUGCGAGCUUGAACCUACACAACACGUUCGUGAACGAUCCCACUGGGCUACGGAAUGCUGGUGCCCUGCCUUUCUUUACGAUGACCGCCCUCCAGACGAAAGGCCUCAACUUCCCAGACGGUACUUCGAAAGAAUUCGCCUUCCAGUCAUUUUCUGCUGACUUGCCCGCCACUGCUGAGCUGAGGACCAACGUCGACGGCUUCGAAUCCGAAAUCGAG